UAAUGACGUCGAGUUGUAUAAUCAAUAUUUGGAUCGGCUUAAGAAAUUUCUCUCGGUGGAGCUGGUUAACUGACAAUCAAAGAAUACUCAAGGACAAACCAAAAGUCCAAAACACGCCACAGACGCAGAUGUUGGAGAUUUAUCUUCAGCCAGUUCAGUAUCGACAAAUGCCGUUGCUGUUGAUUUGUCCUAGCAUAUGGGUUCUGGCCGUAGGGCCAAUUUUACGCGUCAUCGUCGAUACAUACAAUCCCAUACCAAUCUCGAAGCUCAGGGCCAGAGACUAUCAAAUAAUAAUCCAAAUGACGACGACGAUGAUCAAUCCUUGCUAAUUCUGUUUUCAGCUCAACGUCACGCCCAACCACUUCAAACCAAACUUAACGAAAUGAAUGCAAAAUGUAGUUGCUCGAAAAUGGCAGCCACUGAACUGGAAAAGUGUCUCACCACAUUGGAACGCAAACAGCAAACUCUGAUUGACGAUAGAAAAUGUAAAGUGGUACGUAGUCGAAAAGAGAAACGAGACGCAGCUACAAGUCCACAACUUCCAUGCAAAGAAACCAUCGAUGCCAGUAAAUCGAAGGACGUCAAUUUGAAAAUUUGCAACAGCCCAGCUCGCAGCGGAACCGUUCGUCUUAGUCCCCGUCGAGAUAUACCGACGAGAAAUGCUGCCACAAGUCCUCAAGUGGAUUCCCGGAGACAUGCAACAGCGACGAACCACAGUUCCACCACAUCGGCAGACAAUGAUUCAAAAAGUAAUGAACCUGCUGUGGCGGCUCCAAAAAUGUCUCUCGAAAAAUCAAAGUCUUUAUCUGAAUCGCGACCACAAAGGCAGUUAAGAACCACAAGAAGUCUGUCACCACGGCCGCCUAUACGACACCAACAAGCCAUAAUUAUAUCAGAUGAAAAUGAUGUCGUGCUUAAAGUGACACCGAGCGAAGAUGUUCGUUACGAUCAAAGUGUAAAGCCACGAAAAGCCAAACCCAAAUCGCAGAGCGAACAAACUUCACCAAAUCUCUCCGAUUGUGGUACAUUCUUUCCAGACGAACGAUACGCUAAUAAUCGCAGCACCGGAUGUUUAGUAUAUGUACCAUCUGAUCCAUGGAUGAAAAUGGACAGCAAUGAUUUGAAGUCGGAACGUCCGGCAACAGCCAGAAGCAGACCAGGUAACGACAGCGAUCCGUGGAUUCAUCGCAAUUCAGAAAACCAAAAUUCCAAAUCACCGAAAGUUUCGCGCUCUGGAUCUUCCAAAACAGACGAUCGAUCUAACAGUCGUCCGGCGCAGCCGAGAAGCAAAUCACCAGCCAUUAACGACGAGUCGACCAAAGAACCGAAACAGAAAAAUUCGCUCAUUGAUUCAUCAACCGAGAAUCUAAUGCUUUCACCGCAAAAAGCCCACACCUCACCGACCGCAUCGCUCUCACCGCUGGAUAACCCGAAGCGAGCGAAAAAUUCACUUCUCAGCGUAAACAAUUCGAAUUUGUUACAACCGCGGCACAGUUUCUCAUCGCCAUCGCAAAAGGAAGAUGAGCUGCAACUGAAUAUUCGUCGUUUGAGCGAACAGAUCAAAAGUGGUGGAUAUUCGACCGCAUCGUCGGGAUGUGUGGCACCAUCAACGGAUUUCACAUCAUAUCUGAAUCAAAUCAAGAAAGAGAAAACGUUGACCAAAGGAAUUCGGAACAGUGGUAAUGUGGUUGUUGUUGAUGCGGAUGUGGUAUUAGAAACGACGUGCUGAAUUCAACUCGUCGCGGUAAAUCGAUUAAGUUUAUGAACGGAAUGUGAAAUAGAGCAAAUUUAGAGAUAAAAUUCCACCGCGCGUGUCAACUGUUCUAGCUGAUGAUAUUCAAUGUAAAUAUUCUUACGGCGACACUGUUUUUAUGUGUUCCAUCCGCAGAACUGCAUUAGAAUAUUUUUCUCGUAUGGAUGAACUCUAGAAAUCUAGAAAGCGAUUUUUGUCCAACAAUUUAUUGCUUAAUUGGGAAAAUCUUGGUGUACGCGCAACGUAAAUAGUAAAUUUUUCAAUUUGCUUCGCAGAAUACGCAGCUCAUUUUUUUCGACAUUU